GUGGGCAUUCAUGCCAUGUCAGUGAGUCAUCCAUCCGUCCAUGUAAGCAUUCAAAACAGCCAAACAGACCAUCGCCUCAGACAGUCAGACACACACACCAGCCAUCAAACAACCGCUUCGCCACUCGCCCGCCUCCCACCCUGGCUGGCCGCUCGGUAGUCUCCCAAGCACCAGCCAAGGUGAAGAGGUGCGAGGCUAAGAAGCCGCUUGAAAGCUCGGUGUUGGUGUGUACGGGGGAAUCAGGGUCAUCAUAUGUUGGAUGGGUACAUCAUGACUCGGACAGGUGCACCGAAUGACUUGGGCGGAAGGGCCGAGGUGAAGCGGGCACGGACCACACCGCUGUUGCCGUGCGGACGACGCACCUUGCCCCAUAUCGCCUAGCGCACAGACACACCAAAACACGCGUUGAGAGAACCGUGCCUGUGUGCGUGCCUUGUGCUCGUGUGCCUCACUCCCCUCCUCCCUCGCUCUGCCCGUGCCGUGCCGUGCAUUCUUAGAUCCGUACGCACCCUGAAGCGUGAUCCCUUGACCAUCUUCUUGGCCUUGUAGACGUAGGCCACCCGUUUGCCGAGGUACCAGUUGGCGUCGUCGCGCGUGUUGACGCCCUGGAUCUUCAAGAGGGUGCUGUUGGGGUCCUGAUUCACCUUACUCCUGUCCACAGACAGACACACACAAACACACACCAACAAACAGACAGGCGCAACGCAAACACGCAGUCAGUCACUCAGUCAGCGGAAGAUCCCGCCGAUUUCUCCCUCCCCUCCCCUCUCUGACUGUCUGUCUGUCUGAUGCGUGUGCACCGGCGAUCUGCCUGCCUGCCUCCUGCUGGCCGACAAAUGAGCUGCGAGUGCGUCACUCACCUCUUGUAUCCCAGCACGACGCCCUUCUGGUACAGCCGGACGGGCUGUUUACCCUGCUUCUUGAUGCUCUUCCUCACCUUCUCCUCAGCCAUCUCAAACCACCGGACGGCGAAUCACCG